AUGCGAAGCGUACUUGCCGCGCUCAAGGGCGCUGUACGCACGGUUCACCUCCUCUUGUGGGACACGGCCUUUCACACCGACGACGUCCAUCUCCUCCAACCUGAAGCGCGUGACAACUUGCAAGCCGACCUCGAUGACGACGACAAUGAAUAUACCUCCCUGUCAGAAUACCUCUCCAAAACAUGGCGCGUGGUUCAGACUCCCUCGUGGCUCAAUUUUGGGCGCACUCACCUCGAGACGCCUGGGGAGCGAACGCCCCACUUUCGUUACGCAGCCCAUAGCGAGAUCUACCGCAUUCCCAACGUCGACUCAGAUGGUACUCCCCUAGAACCAGGCGAGGCAGCAUGGCACGAGCGCGAGUGGCUCAAAGACGCCCUCCCGACAUACGACUCGAUGAGAAUCGAGAGUCGCAUUGCAUUCCUCCCCGACAUGGCCGACGUAGCAGUCGCAUUCAACGACGACUACUUUCUCCUUCGACCGCUGGCCGUGUCCGACUUUCACUCGCCGCUGUACGGGUCCAUCCUGCGUUUUAAGCAUGACAACGAACGCAUCACGACCGAGCUCAACCCCCAGUUCUUCGGCACUGACGGCGAGUACGGCGGCCUUUUCCAAGCCAACCAUCUCCUCAGUCAGCGAUACCCUGUGGUACCACGUCCUUACCUCCUGCACGUGCCCAAGGUGAUCACCCAGAGCCUACAGGUCGAGGCGACCCUCAUGUUUUCCAAGAUGAGCACCUUGAGCGCGUCCAAGCGUUUCCGCGAACUGCCAAUUGGGCAUGGCGACUUACAGAGCCAGUGGCUGCAGAUUGCGCUUCGCACCGAGCGGUGGCGCGAAGCCAUGCUGUGGACGUGGGUUGUCGCCAAACUCGGUGGAGCGAAUGGAAGCUUGGGCCAGGCCGAAAGAGAGCAAGUCGGUCGCCUCCUCGGAAAGACGCCAGGAACAAAUGGCAGUGUCGAGGUCGUCCGUGGACCACGCGAGACGCUCAAACACAUCGAGACAAACUUUGCCCAUGCAGGUUGGGAUAACCCCAAGAACACAGAGUAUGUCUGGAGCUCGCUUGACGGUCAUCUACCCAUGACGGGAAAGAAAACGGCCGACCCGGUCGAGAACGCAAAGUGUACCAUCGACCUCGAAAAGUGUUUCGACACAUUCUGGACCGAGGGCCAGACCACUGCGGCGCACAUGUUCAAGCACCUCGCGUUCCGUCACCCAAAAUGCGGCGACUGCUUAUUAAUGGCGCUGGAAAUCUUUCCCUCCCCAGACGCGACGUACACAAUCCCCAAGACGGCGUCACCGCCACCGUACAUCGCACCACCACAUCUCCCCAUGACGCCGACGUGGGACGAGGCCGAUUUCUCGCUAUCCAAGGCAUUGGCCAAGACCGCCUUGCCGGGAGACAAGGUACCGCUGCGCCAGUGGACCAUGCACCUCCUCUCACGAUACUUGUACACGUAUGGCAAGUCCGACGUCGUGUUCACGCAGCUGCGCACGCCCGAAUCGGCGGCCGACCAGUUUGCGUCCCUCGACCUUGACGAGGAACCAAGCGUGCUGUGCCUCAAUGACGACAUUGAGCGCAACUAUAACGAGGUGCUCGAGCUCGUCGGUACCUGGUUUGAGAAGCGGUGGCCCAACAAGGCGGGGUGGGAGCGGUAG